UAUAAGUUUGAUGUCAACACUUAGCGUGUAUGAAUCGAUGCAACCUUAACUGCAGCCCACUGCGAGAAACCUUCUUGUAUAGCUGCAUUAUAGCCAGGGUUCUAAGAUGAAUGCAGGUUAAUUCUUUCCUUUGAGAUUUGGACAUUACUAUUCAUGAUUGAGGUGUAUAAUGGAUUCUUAGCCACUGCAGGAAAUCGGAAACUGCCACAGAUGGAUUAUUGUUAAUUAUUGAGAAAAACUGCUGAUUGAAGUGAACAGUUACAUCAGAAUACUCCUUCAUGCAAUUUUCUUGGAGGACUCUCGAAGAUGGAGCAAUAUUGAAACACUGAUAAUGGACCCACUUUGUGUUCUACCAUUGGACUGUCAGAUGAAAAAUAGCAUUUGCUGACAGGUGAUAAAUGUGGAGUGACAUGGGAGACACUCUGUAGUAUGAAACCCAGACGCUGCAUGCAAAUGAAGAAUUCAAAGAAGUGCUUAUCCUUUAUCCUGUGCAUAGGCACAGUAAUUGUGUUCUAUGGAAUGUUCCAGUGCACUAAUUCCCCUAAAACGUACAUGGUGCCUCGAGAAUCCGUAAAGUUUGUCUAUGAUGAUAAACACUUAGCCAUACCUUACGACCAGAAUUCUCCUCUGAUCUUCAUUGGGGGGAUGCCACGCAGUGGUACCACCUUAAUGAGGGUCAUGAUGGAUGCCCACCCCGAGGUGAGGUGUGGGGAAGAGACUCGUGUGAUACCCCGAAUUCUGGGCAUGAGGAACCACUGGCAGAAAUCAGAAAUUGAGAGGAAGAGGCUUGUAGAAGCGGGCAUCAAUGAUGCUGUGAUAGACUCCGCUGUGUCGGCUUUUAUUUUAGAAAUCAUCGCCAAACAUGGCGAUGCUGCUCCCAGACUUUGUAAUAAAGAUCCCUUUACGUUGAAAUCCAGUCAGUAUCUUAGUAGUUUGUUCCCCAACGCAAAAUUCAUCCUCAUGAUCCGAGACGGCAGAGCUGUCAUUCAUUCAGUCAUAUCAAGGAAAGUGACAAUCUCAGGAUUCGAUCUGAAGAAUCCCAAAAUGUGUCUUGAAAAAUGGAACACAGCCAUGGAAGUGAUGUAUUCUCAGUGCCUGAGAGUUGGACCUAUGAGGUGUAUGCCUGUGUACUAUGAACAACUUGCGCUACAUCCGGAGGUGUGGAUGCAUAGAAUUUUGGAGUUUUUAGAUAUACCAUGGAACAAUUCAGUGCUCCAUCACGAAGACUUUAUAGGAAAACCUGGAGGGGCUUCUCUCUCAAAAACAGAGAAAUCAACAGAUCAAGUGAUCAAGCCCGUCAAUAUAGAAGCGCUGAGCAAGUGGGUGGGAUUCUACUCGGAUGAAACUAUAGCGGACAUGGCCAAAAUCGCGCCCAUGCUGCAAACUCUUGGGUACGACCCCGACAAAAACCCGCCGGACUACGGAAAGCCUGACCCAAAAGUUGCUGACAAUACAAUGCAUAUCAAACAGAACAUGGAGUACUGGAGACAGAAGGAGCAGGAGAUUUUGGCCAAAGAAAAGAAAGCUGUCCACCGCCCAGCUCCUCAGGCUUGAAGACUCUCAUUCUCUUCCCACCCCACCCCCUAAUCAAGAUUCAAGACCCUCCUUCCCCCUCAAUCAAGACCAGUAUUUUCCCAUCACUAGAUUAAUCUCUCUGUAAGAUUAAGCUUUAGGUUGAAUGACAUUUGUUUGUUUGAAUAAACUGUUGUAUAAGGGGAAUAAAACUGUUGAUUUUUUUAUGUAUAAAAGACAGGGUGUUUAUUUUAAUCAACUUCAUUUAGUCCACAAGUUUUUAACGAGAUAUUUUACGUAAUGUACUAUAAUUGAUUAGAUACAUGUAU